CUCGGCGUCGGCUCCGGUCGCGCGCCUCGGUGGCGGCGGUGGAGGCGGAGGCGGCGGCGGCGGUGCGGGCUCGCGGCGGCCAGCACCAUGUUCUCAGUGAGGAUCGUGACCGCCGACUACUACAUGGGCAGCCCGCUGCCCGGCCUGGACCCCUGCCAGGCCCACUUCCGAGAGGCCCCGGCCGGGCGGGUGCCCGUCGUCAGAGUCUUCGGCGCCACCCCCGCAGGUCAAAAGACUUGUCUCCACUUACAUGGUAUCUUUCCUUACCUCUACGUACCAUAUGAUGGUUUUGGACAGCAUCCAGAACACUAUCUCCGCAAAGUGGCAUUCAGCAUUGACAGAGCACUUAAUGUGGCUUUAGGCAAUCCGUCUUCUACUGUUCAACAUGUUUUCAAAGUGUCAUUAGUAUCCGGAAUGCCUUUUUAUGGUUACCAUGAAAAGGAGAGACAGUUCAUGAAGAUCUAUCUUUACAAUCCUGCAAUGGUUAAAAGAGUAUGUGAGCUUCUGCAAGGUGGAGCCAUAAUGAACAAAUCUUACCAGCCUCAUGAAGCCCAUAUUCCCUACCUCCUUCAACUCUUUAUAGAUUACAACUUAUAUGGAAUGAAUUUAAUAAACCUGGCUGCUGUAAAAUUCAGAAAGGCACGGAGGAAAAGUGAUAUAUCAGGUGCAAGUAAACAUCAUAGAAUUCAUUUUGCAGAAAAUUCAAACAGCACAUCUUUCAUUGAAUGGGAUGAAGAUGAAAUACCAAGGCACUAA